AUGGCCGAGAAGCGGCGUUUGGAAGCUGUGGGCGCCGUGGCCUACAGCAAACUACCUCGGCUGGAGGCGGAUCCGAACCACGUCCAUGCGGCCGGCUUGUGCAGAUCCGGUGUGCUGCCCGGCCAUGCCUCUGACGGCCAUUACAGCUACCAAGGAACCUAUUUCGGCUAUCCGCUGCAGUGCCACGAAUCGCCUGAACUCUCGGUACAUUGGAGUCCCGCGGAGCCUUAUGUGCCUUGUACGGAUGGGGGCAUAAGCCAGCAACUCAGGCCGGAGAAAGGGCGCUGUAUGUUCUACAGGCAAGAUUCGGGGGGCUUGGGGAUGUGGGCACAGAACCCUAGCUAUGAGAAGAGGAAGGACUGCCUGGUGGGAGAUACGCUGGCUGCUCAGGAGAAAUGGACUAAUUAUAGCGGUCACACAGACUUUAUUCAGCAGGGUUGGAUCCAGGGGUACCCGAUGCUGCAUUCCUCACAAGUGCCGGCGGGCUGUGCUCCCUUGUUGGUACCCAAACCAGUUUACCGAAAUCACGUUUACUGUACAGAUGCCGGCUAUAGCCCCAAAGCCUCCCCGGUGCCGGGGAUGCCGGCGGUAAGCCCCUCGAAACGGCCAACGAAUGUCGAAUGGACUCCUCCAUCUUCUGGGCAUGCAGUUAAUGCGAGCUGUGGAAGCGCCGCGGCAAAAAAGGGCCAGGUUGCGGAAUCGGGUUUCCUGCCAUUACCCCAAAGUUGGAAAGACGCAGUUGCUGCCCCGCCCGGCUUCUCGCCUUACCACAAAACAUUCGAAAACCUCCAAGUAGCCCCAAGUGCCUCGUCGGUGGACGCGAGUUACCCUGCUGGGUGUAAGAAUCGGAAAAGCGUCCCAGAACAGUGCGCUGGGAGCCCUUGUGGGAAGGGCUGGACUAAGCUACCUCCUCCUGCCAGCCCGUUGGCAGCAUCCCAGGGCCUUAUCUGUCAAGAGAGGUCAUCGGCCUGCUACCCGCUGCCUUCCUACCCGCUAACCUCACACGAGCAGCUAGUGCUUUAUAAUCAAAGCAUAGCCCACGCGGAGAAGCAGAAAGCUCUCUUUGCCUUGCCAGCUUGCAAAAGCUUUAAUUUCCCAGCUGGUAAUGAUCCUCAGCUGCUGCCAAGGACUUGCUUCCCACCAGCACCCCGGAGUUACUAUCCCGGUUAUCUGGAAAGUGACUUCUACCGAGCGCCUGGCUCCCCUCUAGUGCCCUCUCCCGGCCUUAAAGUGUCCAGGGAACACGAGUCUCAACAGAAUUCCCAUUCCAAGAUCUCCUUUGAGCACAGGAACCCCAUCUCCACAUGCUCCGUGACUGAAAGGUCUUCACGGGGCAGCUCCUUCCCCAGCCGAGAGGGUCCGCGAGACUGGCCCGGGGCCGACGGUUCGGCAGAGCCAGCGAACGAGAGUUUUCGGUGCCAGCGGGCGACUCCCCAACCCCCUGCCUUUCAACAGCUUUAUUCUGCUGAGAGGUCACCCCGCUGCGUUGACGGCUACAGGCCAACCCAAGAGGCCUUCUAUGGUACGGGCCCUUGUCUGCUGGAAAAGGGCCACUCAAGGGAGGUGGGACCUUCGUAUGCAGAGAAGCAGUCCGGUUUGAGCUCCGAAGACAAGAAGAGGGACCCCGGCAAACCUCUCCAGUCGGGAGCAUGCAUAGUGAUUCCAGAUAGCCCUGUCGCAUCACACGAUCCCUGCCUCAAAGGAGAUUCGCGGAGGAGUCGAAUUUCUGAACGUUCAGAUUCCCUCAUCCAGCAGUUGCUGCAGUCCCCAGACAAAGAACCGAGGGACUUAAAACGAACUGAGGCUCCCCUGUCUCCUUCCUCCCCUCCCAUGCCAGUGAUCCACAAUGUCUUUAGCCUCGCCCCUUACCGGGAGUACCUCGAAGGAUCCGCUGUUUCCCUGCGCCCCCCAUCCUUGGAGGGAUGUCCAGCAGAGAAGUCCUCCUCUGCGAAGUCAUGGCAAAAGGCGGGAGGAACGACCUCCCCUCGUCCUCCCUCGGCUGCAUCAUCUAAAACUCCUGGAGCGUCACUCGAUCAGGGGAAAGACAUCGCCUGCAAUGCAGCAGCAGAAGGCAGCAGAAAGGAUCCAAGCGGCAGCUGUAUCGUGCCGGAGAAAGAAAGUAGAGGUUACCCGGGGUUCUGCGAGAAUUACCGGGGGUGUCAGAAUGCACCUGCAACCAGCUCGCAGGGCGCGACAGGCUGUGCGAGUGAAUUCGCCAAAGAGGACCAUGCGUUAGACCUCAGCUUGAAAACAGAAGGGUUGCCAGAUGUCCUCCGUGCUCAGGGACCGGCUGGAAAGCCUGAGUCUCUCGAGAGGGAAAACGGCAAGAUAGACGGAGAAAGUGUGAAAGAGGACCCAGCCAAGGGGCAGGAGGUGAUCCAGGAGUCCAACCCGCCAGCGUCGCAGCCCCCGCAAAAAAACCGCUCUGGGGAGAAGAGCAAUUUUCAGAGCUCGGCAGCGUUCUUGUACAAAAAAUUCAAGAUCCUGAAACCUCGUGCCGCAGGGCCAGGCUCUACGACGCAACAGAACUUCUUGUUUCAGUCAAAUUCCCAAAUAGAUGCUCUGUCCAAUAAUGCCUCUCUGCAACGAGAUUCCAAGCAGGCGGCGACUCAGCAAAACCACCUGCCUGUACCACAGAGCUCCCAACCGGUGGUGACGCAGCAGAACUACCUGCCUGUUCAGCAUAGCUUCCAACUGGUGGUGUUUCAGCAAAACCACCUGUCUGUUCAGCAGAGCUCCCAACAGGUGGUGACUCAGCAAAACCACCUGCCUGUUCAGCAGAGCUCCCAAUGGGUGGUGACUCAGCAAAACGGCUUGCCUGUUCAGCAGAGCUGCCUGCAGGCAGUGACUCAGCAAAACAGCCUGCCUGUCCAGCAGAGCUGCCAGCAAGCAGUGACUCGACAAAACAGCCUGCCUGUCCAGCAAAGCUCCCAACAGGUGGUGACUCAGCAACACCACCUGCCUGUUCAGCAGAGCUCCCAACAGGUGGUGACUCAGCAACACCACCUGCCUGUUCAGCAGAGCUCCCAACAGGUGGUGACUCAGCAACACCACCUGCCUGUUCAGCAGAGCUCCCAACAGGUGGUGACUCAGCAACACCACCUGCCUGUUCAGCAGAGCUCCCAAUGGGUGGUGACUCAGCAAAACGGCUUGCCUGCUCAGCAAAGCGGCCAGCAGGUGGUGACUCGGCAAAACAGCCUGCCUGUCCAGCAGAGCUGCCAGCAAGCAGUGACUCGGCAAAACAGCCUGCCUGUCCAGCAAAGCUUCCAACAAAUGGUGACUCGGCGAAACAGCCUUCCUGCCCUGCACAUUGUCCAUGAGAAGUCGGCCAAGCCCAACGCUCAGCACUUGUCGCGCAAGUGCCGUAAACAGCCCGACACUUCAAAACUCCCGCUUCUUGACAUGCCGGCCGGGUCUCCUGCUUUGGGAGAGGUCAGCGCCUCGCUCCCCCCCAGCUGCAAAUCUCCCACCCAGCAUCCUUCACCCAAGCAGUAUUUCACUGCCCUGCACGCCUCCGUCUGUGCUGCCAUUUCCGAUUCGGUAUCUACCUCCUCUCCAGAACUGCUCAGGGAAUGGCUGGAGAAGGCAGAGCCCGAGCGGAAGCCAAAGUCGAAGGCAGCCGUCCCGGCCAAGGCCAAGAGCGGACCGAAGACCCCUGAGGCGCCGAAGCCCUCCAAAGCCAAGCGGGUCUGGCUGGCCUCCAAGGACACAGCGGGGCUCCUCAAACGGCUGCAGUCUCGGCUGGAGACCUUCUUGCUCACCCGCGAGUGCCCCUUCCCCAACGUGGUGCGGGCGGGCGCCAUCUUCAUCCCCAUCCACGUGGUGAAGGAGCAGCUGUUCGGCAACCUGCCGGGCGCUUCCGUCGACCACGUCCUGCAGGCCCACAAGGUGGAGCUGCGUCCCACCACCUUGACGGAGGAGAAGCUCUUGCGGGAGCGGGACCUGAAGACCUGCACCUCCCGCAUGCUGAAGCUGCUGGCCCUGAAACAGCUGCCCGACAUCUACCCGGACCUCCUGGAUCUCCACUGGCACCACUGCGUCAAGCAGCAGCUCGGUGAACCCGCAGAAGAGAUCUGGAGCGAGGACCUCGAAGCUGCAGGAGUGUCCAGAUGUUUACAGAGCGCAUCCCAGGUGCUCAGUCCGGGAGUCCGCGGGAAGCACAA